AUGGACAUCGAAGGCUUCCGCAAAGCAGGCUACGCAGCCGUCGACCGAAUCUGCGACUAUUACUCGUCCCUCUCCACCCUCCCCGUUUCCGCUCAAGUCCAACCCGGUUUCCUCUCCUCCUCCAUCCCCUCUCACCCACCUAUCGCCGGCGAGCCAUGGUCCACCAUCGACAACGAGUAUCACACCACCAUCAUGCCCGGUAUCACCCACUGGCAGCAUCCCAACUUCUACGGCUACUUUCCGUGCAAUGCCUCGUUCGAAGGGUGCAUCGCCGAUCUGUACUGCGCGAGCAUCUCCAACCCGGGGUUCAACUGGAGCGUGUCGCCGAGUGUCACGGAGUUGGAGAUUCUGAUGGUGGAUUGGGUGGGGCGGAUGCUCGGGUUGGACGAGAGUUUUCUGAGCACGAGUGAGGGAGGGAAAGGUGGAGGGGUGAUCUUGGGUAGUGCAAGUGAGGUCGCGCUGACAGUGGCGAUCGCUGCGAGGGAGAGGUGCAUCGGGUUGCUCGCGGAGGAGUAUCCCAUGCCCACCCCCAGCGCACCCGAAAUGAAUGGCACCGCGAGGACCGAAGACCAGAGUCUCGAUGCGGAACAAGACAUCGCCACAUCCACCCAAACAGCAGCACAGAUGGGCGAGUCAUCGACGCUCACCGCAAGCACGCGGCUCGCACAGUGGCGCGGCCAGCUCACUUCCCGCUUGGUCAUGUACGGCACGACGCAGACGCACAGCAUCGCAGCCAAAGCAGCUCUGAUCCUCGGACUGGACUUUCGCGCCCUCCCCGUCUCCGCACCGGACUACUCGCUCGACGGCGCCACGCUUCAACGCGCCAUCGACGAGGACACCGCCCUGGGUCGCGUCCCCUUCCUACUCAUCGCCACCAUUGGCACGACCUCCUCUGGCGCAGUGGACAACCUCACCUCCCUCCUCCCCAUGAUCCAAGCCCACCCGACCAUGUGGCUGCACAUUGACGCAGCCUACGCCGGCGUCUGCCUCUCCCUCCCCGAACUGCGCGAGUCGAUGCACCUCGAUGCGAUCAAUUCCGGAAAAGGGGUGGACAGCUUCUCCACCAACCUGCACAAAUGGGGGCUCGUCCAAUUCGAUUGUUCCCCACUCCUCGUCCGGGACCGUGGAGAUCUAUCGCGAGCACUCACCGUCACACCCGCCUACCUGCGCACCAAACACGGCGAUGCAGGGGACGUGCUCGAUCUGCGCAAUCUCCAAAUUUCCUUGGGAAGACGGUUCAGGAGUCUCAAGAUUUGGUUUGUCCUCCGCUCCUUCGGCAUCCAAGGCUUUCAAGCGCAUCUACGACGAACGAUCGAGCUGGCAGGAGUGUUCGAGCAGAGGUUGAGAGAGGAAGGUGAAGGACUGUUCGAGAUUGUUGCGCCGCCAAGAUGGGCCCUUGUUGUGUUCCGGAUUAAGCCACCGGCAAGCGAGGCAGGUGGGGAAGGGGAGAGGUCGGACGCGCUGAAUAGGGCGUUCUGGGAAGAUCUGCAGGAGUUGUCGGACAAGUUCGUCUUGACCCAGACGACCUUGCCGGGAGUAGGGUUCUGCGUGCGAUUUGUGGUGGGCAGCCCGCAGACGAGGAGCGAGCACGUUGAGGCUACGUGGGAGCUGGUCAAAGGGACGGCGAGGAGGACGUGGGCGCGAUUCAGUGGCGAGGGCACGGCGUAG